AAAAGUAGCGGUUAUCGAAAAGUGAUAGGUCAUAAAAAUAAUCGCGUAAUAUUUACUAUGAGUUAAAAUAACAUGAUUGGAAAUACCCAAUUUCAAUACUUGAUAAACAUAAAAAACCCUCAGACCAAAAAGACAUAGUGGAACCAUCAAUUAUAUAAAGAGGAUCUUAUACUACUUAAAUAUAAAUUACUUUAUCUAAAACUAUUUAUCGAAAAAGAUAUGAUAACGUAUUUCCCAGAAUUAAUAAAUUUUAAUUAAUGUGGUUUUUGCGAAAUAACACAACAAAUCCAAACGUAUAAAUAAAGAAGUCUUCGUGCAUUCACUCAUCAGUGUACAAACAAUUCUGUCAGGAUGAAAAUCGUGCUUUUUGCUUGCUGCAUCAUUUUAGGCAUAAACGCCUAUGAAUUCGACGAUGCCCUUUAUAAUCAAUACCUUGCAAAGGAUUUCGAAUCUCUGAUUGAUGAUCAAGCAUUAACUCACAGAAUACGAAGACAAUCUGAAGAUCCGAGAUGUCGUAAACCGCAAGGUCCACCUGUAUGUUGCGGAAAAGAAGAUUUUCUCUCAAUUGACAACGAUUUGCGCGAUCUCAAAAAACAAUGCUACAAAGAAGUUACUGGACAAGAAACGUUCCAUGGGAAACCAUUCGAUCCUUUCAAUUGUGAUGAUGUCGAAAAACUUAAAAAAGAUCUAAUUUGUGUUAAACAAUGUGUGGGUAAAAAGAAGGGUUGCUUAGAUGCGCAAGGAAAUCUUGUGGAAGAUGUUGCUAGGAAAUUCAUGACCGAACAUACCACGAUGGAAUGGUUGAAACCAAAACUCAAUGAUAUGAUGACAAAAUGCUUCGCAGAAGCUAAAAAGGCAACGGAAAAUAUGAAUAAAUCUGUUGAUGAUGCCUGCAAUCCGGCUCUUACCAAAUUCGAGCACUGUAUGUUUAGGGAAACUCAAUUCGCUUGUCCAGCAGAUCAAAUUCAAGAUCAAAGAACAUGCGCAAUCGUUCGGCAAUUUGCUAAACACUCAACUUUUCUCCCAGUUGUUGGUCAUUAAAUAUUUUUAAAAAUGUAUCGAAAAUUGUUUAAUAAAAUAUAUAUUUUUAAAAG